CUCAACUCAUAUGGACAAUGCAUAUAUGGCUUUAAUAGAAAAUUAACAUUGAAUAUUUUAUAAUGUUUGGUUUGAUCAUUGUUUUUGUUUUGCUUUGUUUUUAUUUGAAGGAUCUUCAAUGAAGUUUCUUCAACAAGUCAACAACUCACAAGGAUAAUGCACCAACUCCUUGAUCAUUGCUUUCUGUCAACUGAAAAUUAAAAGAACCCAUUUUCCCUGAUCACUAAUUCAUCUCCUCUUCUCUACCCAAACACAAUGGCCGACUCAUUUCUCUUCAACGUCGCAGAGAGUGUUCUUGGGAAGUUGGGCUCUCUUGCUCUUCAAGAAUUUUCCCUGGCAUGGGGACUCGAAAGCGAUCUUGAAAAGAUUAAGGACAACUUGAAAGUCAUCAAAGCUGUGCUUUUGGAUGCCGAGCAGCAGCGGUCACAGAAUCCACGGAUAGAAGUUUGGCUGGAUAAUCUCAAAGAAGUCCUAUACGAUGCAGAAGAUGUGGUGGAUGAGUUCGAAUGUGAAGCCUUGCGAAGGCAAGUGGUCAAGUCUGGUAACACCACUCGAAAGGUACAGCGAUUCUUUUCUCGCUCUAAUCCGCUUAUUUUCCGCUUUAGAAUGGGACAUAAACUAAAGCAGAUUAGAGAGAGGGUAGAUGAAGUCGCAGCUCUUAAGUCUAAGUUUGGUCUUACUGAGCGGAUUUUUGAUAGGCAUAUCAUUCAUGGGGAGAGGGAGAUGACCCACUCCUUUAUAGAUGCUUCUGAUGUCAUUGGGAGGGAACAAGCUAGAGAUGACAUCAUUGAAACGUUGUUGCAAUCUGUUGAUGGUGAAAAUGUCUCCAUUAUUCCAAUUGUUGGAAUAGGAGGUAUUGGGAAGACUACACUUGCUAAAUUGGUUUAUAAUGAUCAAAGGAUAGCUACUCAUUUUGAGUUGAAGUUAUGGGUUUGUGUUUCCGAUGUUUUUGAAUUAGAUAAGGUGAUUAUUAAAAUUCUUGACUCUGCAUCUCCUGGUCAACGAUAUGCGGAUAUGGGUAUAGACCAAUUACAAAGAACCUUGCAAGAGGCUUUGAAUGGAAAUAAAUAUUUACUCAUCCUAGAUGAUGUGUGGAGCGAAGACCCUAGACAAUGGGGUGAACUGAAAACAUUGUUAAUGGGAGGUGCUUAUGGAAGUAAAAUGUUAGUUACCACUCGUAGCCAACGUGUUGCUGAAAUUAUGGGCACAGUCUCUGCUCUCAAUUUGAGUCUUCUUUCACACCAGGAUUGUUUGUCUUUGUUUUUUAAAUGGGCAUUUAAAGGACAACAAGAAAAACAAAAUCCAAACUUGAAAAGAAUUGGGGAAGAAAUUGUGAGAAAAUGCAAAGGAGUUCCUUUGGCAGUGAUAACAUUAGGAUCUCUGCUUUACUCUGUAACUGAUGAGCGCGAAUGGGAAUUUAUAAGAGAUAAUGAGAUAUGGAAAUUAGAGCAAAAGAAAGAUGACAUUUUGCCUGCUUUAAGAUUGAGCUAUGAACACUUGCCAUCUCACUUGAAAAGAUGCUUUGCAUAUUGUUCAAUUUUUCCCAAGGAUUAUGUAAUGGAUGAUAUUGAAUUGGUUUAUUUAUGGAUGGCAAAUGGACUUGUUCAAUCUUCCAAUGAGAAUCAAGAGUUAGAAGAUAUUGGCUUGCGCUAUUUUAAAGAGCUGUGUUCUAGAUGUUUCUUCCAAGAUUUUUCUGAAUAUGGUGGUAAAGUUAAAUGUAAAAUGCAUGAUCUAAUACAUGAUCUAGCAUUAUCAGUCACACAAAAUGAAUGCUCAAUGGUAAGGACCAGCACUCAACAGAUUCCCAAAAGUGUUCGACAUAUAUCUUUUCCUCAUCCUGAAUUACUUCCAAAUGUUCUUCCUGAAUCCUUACAAAACCUGGAUCGGGUGCGAACCAUUUGCUGUGAAAGUGAAAGAGGAGAGGGGAUUAGUAGUGAAGCGUUUAUUAAGACAUGUUUCUCAAGAUUUCAGUACUUGAGAUUCUUGAAUUUGAGUUAUUCAAUGUUUGAGGUGCUACCAACAAGUAUAGGCAAUUUGAAGCAUUUGAAAUAUCUUGAUUUAUGGCGGAGCCCUAACAUCCAAAGACUCCCUAAUUCCAUAUGUAAGCUACAAAGCUUGCAAGUUCUACUACUAUUUGGAUGUUGGAGUCUUGAAGAGUUGCCCAAAGAUAUGAAGUAUAUGAUUAACCUUAGAUGGCUCUGGAUAACAACGAAGCAAAAGAAUUUACCAACGGGUGGAAUAGGUUGCUUGAAGUCUCUUCGAUUUUUGUUCAUUACCUCGUGUGAUAAUCUAGAAUAUUUGUUUGAAGACAUGCAAGGCCUAAAAAAGCUUCGAAGAUUGAAGAUCGAUUAUUGUAGAAGCUUGACAUCUUUGCCACAAAGUAUUAAAUGCCUAACGGCAUUAGAAACUCUUUGUAUUAAAGGAUGUGAAAACCUUGAUUUGAUAAUGGAGGAAGGAGAAGAGAAUCAAUACCCAACUCAAUUCAGCCUCCAAAAACUAGAGUUAGAAUUCUUGCCAAAAUUAGUGGAGUUUCCACAAUGGCUUAUUCGAGGAUCUACCAACAGUUUAAAAGUUAUAAAAGUUGAACGCUGUAACAACCUCAGAGAAUUACCAGAAUGCCUGCAGAACAUGGCAUCACUUCAAGAGGUUCAAAUCAAAGGUUGUCCUCAGCUAAACAACGAUCCCAUACGAAAAGCAGUGGCAGACGUGGCAGGUCCAAGCACAUCCAUGAGUUGAGUACUUGAGUUUGCAUGUGAACAUUUCAAAAUCAGAAGAGCAACUGGUAACUGAACAAUAAUUCUAUGGGGAGCUAUUUCUAUUUAUCUUUUUCACAGUGUGUCUUUUAUUUAUUAAUAUUGUCAUAUGAUAAAACUCUGUGUUGACUGUGUGUAUUUUUGUAUUUUGAAACUGUAAAAUAUUUUAUGAAUAACUGUAUGAGAGUUGAGCUAGGCUCCCGAAUAUUAUGAAUUUACUGGUGUGAUUAUGUGCGGAUUCAAAGGUUGAGCUAGACUCUCUCAUUAUAUAUUAUUAUUGCAUGU